ACAGUCCCAAGGGUGUGGGAUCAGAGAUGAUGGCUAUACUGGCUUCAAUGUAUAACUGAAGUGAGCUCCAGCAGGAAUGAAGACGUGACUCUAAGCUAUCUGGCUAUCAAUGCAACCUUUGGCCUAUACAGGAAGUGGCAUCAGCACGUGGACCUUGCCUGAUACAGCUCCUCACUAUCUGGAGCGUUUGUUUUAGUUCCCGAGUCUUCAGCCAGCUGCAGUUCUGUGCCUUUGAUCAGCCCUCUUGCCUGCCACAUUGUCUAAAAAGCCAUGCUACUGAAAGAGUACCGCAUCUGCAUGCCCCUGAGUGUAGAGGAGUAUCGAAUAGGACAGCUGUACACCAUCAGCAAGCACAGCCACGAGGAGAGCGACAAGGGCGAAGGUGUGGAGGUGGUGCGCAACGAGCCGCACGUGGACCCCGUGCACGGAGAAGGCCAGUUCACAGAGAAGAGAGUUCACCUGUCCAGCAAACUUCCCAGCUGGGCACGAGCCGUUGUCCCCCGUAUUUUUUACAUUACAGAAAAGGCCUGGAAUUACUAUCCAUAUACAAUAACGGAAUACACAUGCUCAUUUUUGCCAAAGUUUUCAAUUCACAUAGAGACAAAAUAUGAAGACAAUUGUGGGAUCAAUGAAAAUAUCUUCACUAUGGAGAAAAGUAAUUGUGAUACAGAGGUGUGCUUCCUGGACAUUGCCAUUGAUGACAUCCCAGAAAGGCACUACAAAAGCUCAGAGGAUCUCAGGUGCUUCAGGUCCUUAAAAACGGGGCGGGGGCCCCUGAAGGAAGGAUGGAGAGAAAGCAGCCAGCCAAUCAUGUGCUCUUACAAGCUGGUUGCGGUCAAAUUCGAGGUCUGGGGCCUUCAGACCAGAGUCGAGCAGUUUGUACACAAGGUCAUCAGGGACAUCUUGUUGGUGGGACACCGGCAAGCUUUCGCGUGGGUUGAUGAGUGGUAUGACAUGACCAUGGACGAGGUGAGGGAGUACGAGCGGAACACUCAAGAAGCCACCAACGAGAAGAUCGGCCUGGUGACGCCCACCAUCUCCAUCCACGAGGUGUCGCACACGGCCACCACCCGCAGCGCCCCAGCCAGCGCCCCGUCCACGCCCGUCAACGGAGACCCACCCGAAUUCCUCAGCGUGCCCAAGGAUCGCCCCCGGAAGACGUCCGCCCCAGAGACUCUGACCCUCCCGGAGCUGCGGGAACGGACGCUUCCUAAAUAACAUUCCCACACGCGCACACUCCACUUUCCCCACCUCCUUUUCUCUCGCUUGUCUUUCAGCACAUUGAGCGCAGGCUAAUAAGCUAUUGGUCAUCAGUCUUUGCGUUUGCCCCUCCCCGUUGUGCUCCUGAAAAGCCUUGGUUUUGUUUCCAUCUUUAGGCUUAGCUGAGCUGCAAGAUGACCUGGACAUGCAUGUGCAGAUGACUGGCUAACAUUUAUUUUAUUGAUUUUAUCUGUCAUGUAAAUUACUGCAGAAACUGUGUUUAAAAAUAACUUCAGGUGGUAUUUAGGGGUAAAUAUUCAGCCCGGGAUGCGUUCUGUACUGCUGCUUGAAAUCAGAUUGAGAGAGAAGUAUCAUUUUUUUUAAAUGCUGUCUCAAUGCUGAUGACUUUGAAGUCAAACUUCUGAACAAAGCGUCUUGAUUUAUGGAAAUGCAUGGCUUUUCCUAGACUAUUAUUAUCCACCUUUAGAAGAUAAUGGAGAAAUGCCAAGUAAAGAGAACCGCAUUAAAUAUUGUUUAAAGGCUUCAUUUUAAAACCUGUGUUAUUGUCUUCUGCUACUCUGGCAACGUAAUGAUGCAUGCUCUUGGACGCUGAAGGUUUUCGUUUUUUGACAAAAUCUUGAGAGACUGGAAGAGAGAUGUUGAUCUCCCUCAUUUGAGAAAGUGAAACCACUGAACCACAUUUAAUGAUUUAAGAAUAUUUAAAAUGCGCACACUUCUGUGGACUUCUUUCAUGGAUGAAUGUUUUCGGGACAUUACACACUUCUAUGUGAAAUUUUCAAAGGUAAUCCAAUUUGAAAAUGGCAUUUCAAUUUGCAGCAUCAUAUCAUAAGGUCGCAGAUGAGGUCAUGCUUUCGAAAUGGACUUGCUGGCACACUCACUUGGCAUUUUACUAUUUGAAGUCAAGUCAUUUAUACGUAAUUGCAAUUGGACAUGGUUUUCUGUGAAUUAAUGUCACCGUGGGGAAAAAUUGAAUUUCUCAUUAAAGUUGAAGCUAUGACAUUUAGCUGAACUGUUUAGCAGUGAUGUCCACGGACUGUGUUGUGAUGCGGUGAUACUCUUUUUUUUCCUGUUUACUCAUUUUUUGGAUAUCAAUUUUUUUUAAUAUGAUGUAUUUAAUUUCAUCAUGAAGAGAAGAAAAUGUUACUUUCCAAACCGGGAUAUGAAUGUAGGAAUAAGAAUGUGCACACAGUUUAGCCGACUUGUCUUAUUUUCAUACAUCUCUCUGGGCAUCAUAACCUUUCAGGAAUAUGUGAUUGCACAAACAGUGAUCACACCACCUUAACCAGAAUCCCCUUAUGAACAAGAACUGUAGAAAGAUGUCUGCGCAGCAUCUACUGCGUUGCUGUUUGAAUGAUUAACGUCACUGGUCUUUGUGGGUCUAGCAUGAUUUGCAUACCAAUCACAGCUGUGAGCUACUGUACAUGUACCUUCUGUGUGUCCAUACCCUUUUCAAGCUGGGAAGUACUGGCUAACAAAAUAAAGUUCCAAAACGACAAAGUCAUUUUAACAAUC